AAUGGCUAUAAAAACGAAGUAGGUGAGAUCAGCAACAGAACGUCGUCGAUAAGAUACGCUGUCAUCUGGUUUCUCUUGCAGCUCCCCCUCUCCUUCGAGGGUUUCUUUUCUUUUUCUUCUUUUUAUUUUCUGUUUUUCCUUCAAAUUUUUUAUCUUUUUUUUGGGUUUGAUUGUUUUCCUUUCCCCCCCUCUUUCCCCUCCUUUUCAAACCCUAAAUUGUCCAUCAAUCUCUCUUUUAUCUCAUUUUAUCUACAUAUAUACACGCACUCCAUACGCCUAUAUAUUUUCAAAGAAAGGGAGAAGAUGCAGCAUAGGCUGAAACAGCAACAAGCAUUGAUGCAGCAAUCUCUUUACCAUCCCGGAAUUCUCGCCCCUCAGCAGAUAGAGCCUAUCUUGAGCGGGAAUCUGCCCCCUGGUUUUGAUACAAGUGCUUGUCGCAGUGUUUAUGUUGGAAAUAUCCAUCCUCAGGUGACAGAACUCCUUCUCCAAGAGGUUUUCUCUAGUACUGGUCUUCUUGAAGGAUGCAAGCUUAUAAGAAAAGAGAAGUCAUCAUAUGGUUUUGUGGAUUACUAUGAUCGUAAUGCUGCUGCCCUUGCUAUUCUGAGUCUAAAUGGAAGACAAUUGUUUGGGCAGCCUAUAAAAGUUAAUUGGGCAUAUGCUAGUGCUCAGAGAGAAGAUACUUCAAGCCACUUCAACAUUUUUGUGGGGGAUCUUAGCCCAGAGGUUACAGAUGCCACCUUGUAUGCAUGUUUUUCUGUCUAUCGCAGUUGCUCAGAUGCAAGGGUGAUGUGGGACCAGAAGUCUGGCCGCUCAAGAGGGUUUGGGUUCGUUUCUUUCCGUGAUCAGCAGGAUGCACAAAGUGCAAUAAAUGAAUUAAAUGGAAAGUGGCUUGGAAGUAGACAAAUUCGGUGCAAUUGGGCAACAAAAGGUGCUGGUUCAAGUGAUGACAAACAGAUGCCCGAUGCUAAAAGUGUUGCGGAAAUGACUAAUGGCACAUCAGAUGAUGGUGCAGAAAACAUAAAUGAAGAUGCACCAGAAAACAAUCUUCAAUAUACAACUGUUUAUGUUGGCAAUCUUGCUCCUGAAGUUACUUCUGUUGAUCUUCACCGCCUCUUCCAUUCUCUUGGUGCUGGAGUCAUUGAAGAUGUCCGUGUUCAACGUGACAAGGGUUUUGGGUUUGUAAGGUAUAGCAACCAUGCUGAAGCUGCUCGAGGAAUUCAACAGGGGAAUGCCCGAAUUCUUUUUGGCAAACCCAUCAAGUGCUCAUGGGGAAGUAAGCCGACGAUGCCCGGAACUAGCUCGACCCCACUGCCGCCACCAGCGGUACACAUUCCUGCUGAUGUUACAGCAACCAAUUCCCUUGCAGCUUAUGAGAUGCAGCUUGCUUUGAGCAAAAUGGGCAGUGCACAAGCUGCUGCUCUCAUGCACCAUCAUCAUGGUCACCGCAUCGGUGCUGCUAAUCCGGCCAUGUAUGAUGGUGGAUAUGCCACCCAACCACAUAUGUACUAUCAGUAAUAAUAACUCCCAACCAUCACCGGACUGCUGGCCGUUAUUGUCCGAUGGAGUUGAUGUUAUAAUUAUAGGAUUUAUUUUUAUUAUAUAGGCUUCUCGUUUUUUCAGUCUUUAGUUUUGAGAACUGUAUUUCCCUUGCCUGUUAUUAUGUAUAAUCUGAAGCAUGUAUGGAUUUCAAUUUGAUACUUUGGGGAUUAUUUUACUUGAAUGGUAUUUUCACAAGGAUGUCUAGUCACUGAGCAUCAGACAAUCAGACAUCAGUGUAACUUCUUUGUUUCGAUAUAAGGCCUCAUAUUUGAGGUGAAAUCCUGUAAUAAAUAAAUUAUGAUGAAUAGCAAAAGCUGAUAGCCUGAUAUAUAUUGUAGUAAUCUUGAAAAUUUCCUACCUUUUAGUCAAUUAGUUGUAUAUAGUAAUAUUG